CGUCAUCAUUUCUUUUCGUCUUUUCUACAAAGUAAAAAGAAGUAACCCUAUAUAUAAUAUACACUCUGGACUUCAUGACUUUGUCCAAGCAACGGAAAGUUUUGACCCUGGAACAUUUCAUCAUUGACACCUUCACUCGCCUUGGUAAUGAUGGCAUUGAAAGACCCAUAGAGCAGCCCGAUCAGAUAGGGGGAGGAGGUACCUACGCGGUAAUCGGGGCGCGUGCAUUCCUCCCACCCACCCAGCUGGGCAUGAUUGUAGACUACACACCUUCAACGUUUCCUCGAGCUCUCAAAGAUGUACUGGAGUCCUAUGGAAAUGAGAUGUGGGCUUUCAGAGAGAGAACUGACGGGCUUCCAACUGCAAGAGCAGUCAAUCGGUAUGAUGGCGAGACAAGAGGGUUCGAAUACCUAUGUCAGCCUGUUCUUCUUACACCGAAUUCUCUCAAAGGGACGCAGUUCGAAGACAUUGUGCCUUCUGUAAUUCAUUUCAUCUCUUAUCCGGCUCCCCGGGCUGGAAUAGUACUCGAUGAAAUCAACAAUUUCAGAACUUCCAAAGGAUGGUCACCUCUCAUCGUUUGGGAGCCAGAGGAUGAGUCGUUGGAGGCAGUCACUUCCAUAGCGUCCCAUGUCGAUAUCUUGGGACCAAACCAGAACGAAGCGCUACGCCUUUACUCCCUCUUGACAGAUCCCACCUUCACGGAUGACGAUUUUAAAGCUGUUCUUACCAAAAUUUGCCGCUCCCUAGCAUAUUUGCGACCUCGAAUAGGUGCUGUCAUCCGCGCAGGUCAUUUGGGUUGUUGUUAUGCAUCCGCCGAUCCAAGAGGGUAUCGACCAGAAGUAAAAUGGAUCCCAGCCUAUUGGAACAAAGAGAGGGAUGGCUAUGAAGGAAAAGUAAUAGAUCCUACUGGAGCAGGCAAUGCAUUCAUGGGAGGAAUAGCUGCCGCACUGUCGGAAGGAAAGAGUUUAGAUGAGGCGGUGAGGUGGGGUAGUGUUGCUGCCUCUUUCGCCAUUGAACAGAUUGGUCUUCCUCAACUUACCAAGACUGUGGACGGACGGGAGCUCUGGAAUGGGCAAAAUCCACAGGAGAGGCUCACAGCCAUGUCCAUGUGAGGGCAAUCAUCUACAGACAAAUGAUUAUGUGUACUUGACGGUAAUCCGCACAAAUGAAGUGUAAAAUUAGAGAGUGAACGAUGAUUGCCUUCACUAUAUGCUAUCCAUUAUGUGCACGAUGUCUGUUGUUCUCUUGCCUUGUUCGUGACUUGUUUCACGAGUUAUGUUCGG